AUGAGCUGUUAUAAUGAGAGUUCAAAGCAACCUGAGAGGAACUCUAACUACCUCGUUAGCGUGACUUUUAAAGUCGCCUCUCCUCCACUCGUCGUCGUCGUCUUCUUCUUCCUCUUCACACUCCUCGUCCUCCCCCCACCCUCCUACGCUUCGUUCUCUGUUCUCCCUCCCACUCCCCCUCUCCCUCUCCCUCCUCUCCCCUCGGCGUCGCAGCUCUCAUGGCAAUUGGGGGAGAUGGCCCUCUUCCUCCACUUCGGGCCCAACACCUUCACUGACUCCGAGUGGGGCAGCGGCCGCGCCGACCCCUCCGUGUUCGCCCCCGAGGCCCUCGACGCGCGCCAGUGGGCCCGCGCCGCCGCCGCUGCCGGGUUCGCCCGCGUCAUCCUCACCGCCAAGCACCACGACGGCUUCUGCCUCUGGCCCUCCGCCUACACCGACUACUCCGUCCGCUCCAGCCCCUGGAGGGGCGGCGACGGCGACGUCGUCGCCGAGCUCGCCGCCGCCGCUGCCGAGGUCGGGAUCGGGCUCGGGCUCUACCUCUCGCCAUGGGACCGCCACGAUCCCUCCUACGGCAAGACGGUCCAAUACAAUGAGUAUUACUUGGGGCAGAUGACCGAAUUGCUCACUCGGUAUGGGAAUGUUCAGGAGGUAUUUUUGGAUGGUGCGAAGGGUGAGGGCGAGAAGGAUAUGGACUACCUGUUCGAAUGCUGGUUCGAGGUCAUUCAUCAGCUGCAGCCCGGGGCUGUCAUUUUCUCUGAUGCUGGGCCGGACAGUAGAUGGGUUGGAGAUGAGGCGGGAGUAGCCGGUUCCACUUGCUGGUCUCUUUUCAAUAAGAGUUCUGUCACUAUUGGCCACAAUGAUUAUCAAUAUUCUCAUUCAGGAGAUCCUCAUGGACGCGACUGGGUCCCUGCCGAGUGCGAUGUAUCCAUCAGACCUGGUUGGUUCUGGCACGCAUCAGAACAUCCAAAGUCCGCACAAACCCUUCUCGACAUUUACUAUAACUCGGUCGGUCGGAACUGUCUCCUAACACUAAAUGUCCCUCCCAACUCAUCAGGCCUCAUAUCUGAUGAAGAUCUCCAAGUGCUUCAGGAAUUCACCACAAUUAGAAACGCCAUAUUCUCUCAAAACUUUGCUAAAAACGCCACUGUUACUGCAAGCAGCGUACGUGGAGGACAUGGCGGUCUUCGUUUUGAUCCCUCGAAUGUACUCCAAGAAGGUAUUCAUUCUUACUGGGCCCCGGAUGAAUCGCAGUCCGAAUGGGUGUUAUACCUCAACUUAAGCCAGUCUACAUCGUUUAAUGUGCUGCAAAUCCAAGAGCCGAUUCACAUGGGCCAGCGUGUGAUUGAGUUUCACAUGGAUGUUUUGAUCGACGGAGUGUGGGAAACUGUAGUCAAUGGCACGACCAUCGGAUAUAAGAGGCUGCUGCAGUUUCAAAUGGUAGAAACCCAAUACUUGAGGCUAUUUAUUGACAACUCGCGUGCUGAUCCGUUGAUUUCCUUUAUUGGCAUAUUUGUGGAUCCCUUUUCAGUCACAGUAAAAUUAAAAGAUGCUCCAAAAGCAUCUGCCGCUAACAGCAGCAGCCAAGCUAUAAUGGUAACAAAACAGGAUUAUUCCGGCAAUGUGAGUAUCGCAACAAUCUAGUAUUGGGGUAUCCUGUUCUUCACUUCAGUGAUGUCCUGAGCUGUGCCAGUUAUAAUCUUGAUGCAGGCAAUGGAAACAGCUUCCUUUGAAAGCCCUGGGGUCUCACUUUUUUAACUUUGGCUUACACAAUUUAAUCCAUUUGCCAUUUUCUUAUAUUUUCUGUAUAUAUAUUUUGUCAAAGUUUAUAAUCUUAGCUAUUGUGUUUAUCCUGCAAAUUUGUGAAGCUCCAUCAUUUGUGGAAACUAUUUCCUCUGCUUUGUUUUUUCCUCCUGUAUGUUAAAUAUUCAUGUGCGUUACUGUCGAAUGACGCAAAAAUAAUUCACAGCUCUUCUCUCUC